GUGAAUCCAUAGGGAUUAACCCCCGGUCAGCAGAGUUCGCACCUCUAGCAGAUUGAUGGCCACUGACUGCGAACGCCCGCACACCUACGGUACACCUUAGGCACUUUAGAACAUCAUCUCGCAAUGGCAUCCGCAACGGAAGAGCUGACCUGCUCUGUUUGCAGAGAUAACUUCAGCCAAUCCCACCCUCUACCCUGCGGCCACAGUUUUUGUCCUGACUGUAUCCGCGAGGCCUGGAGUGCCCCCGGUGAGGGCAAAGGUCAUUUUACGUGCCCCCAGUGCGUGGAAGAGCAUGGCGAGGUACUGUGUGACUGCUGUUCGCCAGAAGCGGACGAAGGGCUGGUGCACUUGGCUGUCAAAACGUGCCUGAGAUGCGAAGUGUCGCUGUGUGCGGAACACCUCCGCCACCACCUGGAAAGACCUGCAUUUAGCACCCAUUUGUUGGUGAAUCCACUGGGGGACCUGUCUCAGCGAAAGUGCCCUACACACACAGAGCUACUGCGGUACUACUGUGCCGAUGAGAGAGUAUACGUUUGCUCUGACUGCCUGCUGGAGGGAAGCCACAUUCAACAUAAAGUCAAGGGGCUGACACAAGUGGAAAAUGACCUAAAGGUGAUUCUCCAGACGCUGCUGGAACAGUCAGAGGAGAAAGUAAACAAAGGAGAGCAAAUCCUUGAAGAGUAUGCCAACAUCGAUUCCACCAUUGCAGACUGUCUGAUGGAGGAAAAUACCCAAGUAGAACGCUUGGGCUCAGACUUGCAGGUCCAAGUGGAGAAACUAGUUUUGGGUCUAACUGAGAUAACUAAGAAGGACAGACAAGGAAUUAUUGAGCGCGUUCAUGAAGACUGUUCCAAAGUGAGAGAAGACAUGAGCCAGACAAUGAGCAUCCAGCACUACUUGACCUCGCUAUUAGCAGAGACCGACCCCUUCCUGCUCAUCUGGGCCUUUCAGUCUGAUGACACAAAGUUACUAACGGACCUUAGCAGUCCCCUCUAUACACCAGAGCCUGUCAGUUUGGACAGAAAGCACAUUUUGGAGGACAUAGAGGGCAAGUAUCGAGAGUUUAUCACUGCCACCCUCCGCUGUCUCAGUGAACUCAAGAGGGAGCUCUUGACCUGUCCUCUGACUCUGGACACCAACACAUCUCAUCCUCUUCUGAGCAUCUCUGAUGACCUGCGAUUAGUCACAAGGGUUAAAACACGCCUGCCAUACGCUGCUCACCCGGAACGUUUUGACCACUGGCCACAAGUCCUCACAGUUCAGAGUUUCUCGACUGGGACUCAUUACUGGGAGCUAGAAGCUGAAGGAUUCUGGGAUAUCGCCAUAUGCUAUCGGAGUAUUGGACGGAAGGGAAAGGACGGCAAUUCGUUUGGCAACAAUAUGUUCUCAUGGAGUUUGACGCAGCAGCAUGACAGGAAACUGGCAGCUUGGCAUGACCGCAAGAAAACACGUCUCACAUACAAAAUGACUGACAAACGAGUUGCCGUCGCUGUGGACUAUAGCGCCGGUACCAUCACUUUCUCAGAAGUGGGACCGUCGAACAACUUAACUCACAUCCACACUUUCUGGACCACUUUUACUGAACCAGUGUCCUUGGGUUUUGGACUUUAUAAAUCAGAGCUGAACAGCAACAUUUCUAUUGCAAAGGUCUGAAGGGAACCAGUGGCACAUAGAAUGCUAGUUUAUAAUGCUGAUGGGUAGGCUAUAGUUGAACUAUUGUCACAUGCUAGUGUGAAGUUUUGUGGAAUGUGCAGGAUAUUUUAUUUUGGACCUCACAUCACCAGUCAUCAGAAGUGGGUUAAAAACAAAAACAAACAAACAAAAAAAAAAACCAUACUGUUGUACCGGAGAUAUGAUCAUUUUGAUUUCAUGGUAGGAAAUAUGUUUUCUACACUAAAGGGCAUGCAUGCUCUUUGGACAAGUGAUGUUUCGUUUCUGUAUUUUUUCCUAGUCGAAAUUAGAUGAUUUUUGUGUGUUUUUUUUUUUUUUGCAUGAAAUAGUCAUUUUAUAGGUUAUGGUACAGUAUAAUAUUAACAGUUGAAAUAGAUGACGUUGGGCUGAGAAAAAAAUAUACGCUUGUUUAAGAAAAAAAUCGCCCAUUACUUGAGUAUUCUUUUCACCAAAAACUUUUUUACUCGCACUUGGGUAAUUUUUUUUUUUUUUUUUGGAAUGCUACAUUUACUUUUAGGGUAUUUUUUUGGAAUGCUACAUUUACUUUUGUAACAUUAUAUAGAAGUAACAUUCCUCUUAGUUGAAUCAUUUUUUGGCUCCUCUACCCACCUCUGUAUGUAUUAUAUAUAUUUGAUUCACUUGGCAACUCAAGGCCUUCCCUUAAAAUAGCUUAGAAGCUCAAUUACUUUAUUAUAUUUUCUAUAAAUUUCACUGUGGUGGUGGGUGGAAGUAGCAUCAAAAAUGAGAGAGGCGGAGGUAAAGAGGAGGUGGCAAAGCGAGAUAGAGAGGGAGAACAAAAAGAGUGAUGAUCACAUAGCUAUCUUUGCUCUGAUCUGACUGACUUGUGUGGAAUUACGUGAGUGAAGAGGACGAAACGAUACAUGUGCCUAUUUGCUUGGAGUAUGGCAUAUAAGAUUUUUCAAAGCGAUACAGAUACUUCAACUGCCUUGUCAUUUUUUUGCUGAGGAAGUCAACUUGAGGAGGCCAGAGGUCUAUUUGUCAGGUUCCACUGAGGCCUUCUGACACCAUCAAUGAGCCUUUUGGGACUUGGCCAGGCAUAGAAGAAACUUUAAAUAUAGCGAGGAAUGAACAACUCUGAACAGUGACGGAUACACCAUUCUUUUAACCAUAGGAAAAUCAACAAUAACUGGGAAACCAUAAAAGAAAAAG